AUGAACAUAGAGGCAGAUAGUGGGGAAGAAGAAUGCCGGUCCCAGCCCAGAAGCAUCAGCGAAAGCUUCCUCACUGUGAAAGGUGCAGCUCUCUUCCUGCCACGUGGAAAUGGCUCGUCUGCUCCCAGGAUCAGUCACCGGCGCAACAAGCAUGCAGGGGAUCUCCAGCAGCACCUGCAGGCCAUGUUCAUACUGCUCCGCCCGGAAGACAACAUCAGACUGGCUGUAAGACUGGAAAGUACCUACCAGAACCGCACUAGAUACAUGGUGGUAGUGUCCACCAACGGCAGACAAGACACCGAAGAGAGCAUUGUCCUAGGAAUGGAUUUCUCUUCCAAUGACAGUAGUACUUGUACAAUGGGCUUGGUGCUGCCACUGUGGAGUGACACCCUGAUCCACCUGGACGGGGAUGGAGGGUUCAGCGUAUCGACAGACAACAGGGUUCAUAUAUUCAAGCCAGUGUCUGUACAGGCAAUGUGGUCUGCUCUGCAGAGUUUACAUAAGGCUUGCGAGGUGGCACGGAGCAACAAUUACUACCCAGGGAGCCUCUUCCUCACGUGGGUCAGUUACUAUGAGAGCCAUAUCAACUCCGACCAGUCGUCGGUCAACGAGUGGAAUGCCAUGCAGGAUGUCCAGUCCCACCGGCCCGACUCGCCCGCCCUCUUCACAGAUGUCCCAACUGAGCGGGAACGCACAGAACGGCUAAUUAAGACCAAGUUAAGGGAGAUCAUGAUGCAGAAGGAUUUGGAGAACAUCACGUCAAAAGAGAUACGCACUGAGCUGGAGAUGCAGAUGGUGUGUAACCUGCGGGAGUUCAAAGAGUUCAUUGACAAUGAAAUGAUAGUGAUCCUUGGGCAGAUGGACAGCCCCACUCAGAUCUUUGAUCAUGUCUUUUUGGGCUCGGAAUGGAACGCCUCCAAUUUGGAAGACUUGCAGAACAGAGGGGUGCGGUAUAUUUUGAACGUGACUCGAGAAAUAGAUAACUUCUUCCCUGGGCUCUUCGAAUAUCAUAAUAUUCGGGUGUAUGAUGAAGAAGCAACAGAUCUUCUGGCUUACUGGAAUGACACCUACAAAUUUAUUUCCAAAGCAAAGAAAAAUGGUUCGAAGUGCCUGGUGCACUGCAAGAUGGGAGUGAGCCGCUCGGCAUCCACGGUGAUUGCCUACGCCAUGAAGGAGUACGGCUGGAACCUGGACAGGGCUUACGACUACGUGAAGGAACGGCGCACCGUCACCAAGCCCAACCCCAGCUUUAUGCGGCAGCUGGAGGAAUACCAAGGGAUCCUGCUGGCCAGCAAACAGCGGCAUAAUAAACUGUGGCGCUCACACUCAGACAGUGACCUCUCAGACCAUCACGAGCCCAUCUGCAAGUCUGGGCUGGAGCUGAACAAGAAGGAGAUCACCACCUCAGCCGACCAGAUCUCAGAGGCCAAGACGAACGACAACCAGCAGCCGAUGUCUCCCAUCUACUCUGCUGAGCUUGACAGGGAGCAGCGGCUCCCAGAGGAUGCAAACAUGAUCGAGGAGAUGUGUGUGAAGGAGAGAAGGAUCCACCUGGAGUUUACAUGUCGAGACUUCCACGCUGAGCAGAUGGAGGACAAGCUGAACCUGAACAAUAUCAAUGGCUGUACGGCAGGAUGUUGUGUAGACUCUGUCCCCCCUGAUAACUGCCAUGCUUCUGAGGCCUUAAUGCAACUCCAGCACCCCCUGGAAAUAACAGAGUUUCCCGAUUUGACAGUGGAUGAUCUAGAAAAAGAUGCCCUUAAGCCUGAUAUGAACGUCCACUUGGUUCCCAUGGAAGAAUUCACUUCGUGCUUAAAAGACUUUCCGCAAUCCCCAAACCAAAAUUCCUCGAGUCUCCAACAGAAUCCUCAGCCUGAAGUGACAGACCUCAGUACGGACAGGAUUCAUUUCUUGAGCGUUUUGGAGAAAUUCGUGGAGCUUUCCCAGGACAGCCGGUCACGCGCCUGCUCCUAUUCCAGGGCGGAGGAGCAAGGGAGUGGAAGGAACAGGGUCUCCAGGGUGCCUGUGCUGGAAGUGCCGCCUGCUGCAGAUGGGGAUGCAGAUGCUCGAAGGAACAGCUCUGGAAACUCUCUUCAGGCAUCGGAUGACUCUUCCACAGAUGAAGAACAACAAAAGGAGGUCCCCGAGCUGCCUAGCACAGGCCGUCUCACGAGAUCCCACUCAGAAAAUGCCAUUUCUGUGAAGGAAAUUAUCACAGAGAUCGAGUCAAUCAACCAGGGAGCGGGACCUGCCCAGCACAAGGAGGGUUCAGCCAACCUCACUCAGACACCAAAGAGGAACACGGUGCACGACCUGCCAGUGGAGGCAAUCUGGGCAUCGGAAAAGGUGGAGCAGAGCGAAGGAGCCUGUGCUGGACACCAGGAAAAGGAGAAGGACCCUCCACAAGCUGAGCAAGAAGCUGCCCUCUCCCUGCAGCCGUCUUCUGGCAAAUCAGACCUAGAGGAAAGCGGCCCUGGGGGGGAGCAUCAAGAGCCUCGUGGCUCCAUCAACCCUGAGCCCAAGUGGUGCCCCGGCUCUGUCCGGCGAGCCACCCUGGAGUUUGAGGAGCGCUUGAGACAGGAGCAGGAGCACCAGCACGCGUCUCCAGUCUGCAUCUUGCCAACCCGCAAGAACUCCAAGAACGACUCUCCUGCUGCCGAGCUCCUGCUGCGGGGGAAGAGCGAGGAGCCGUCCCUGGAGCUGGCUCCUGAGAGUGACAAGGCACGGGGUCUGGGUGCUCCUGGGGACAGACCCCUGCCUGCACCCCUCACCUCCCCUGCCCAGGAGUCCCUGCCUGCAGAGCCCAGCCCGGGACAGGAGGGAACGGCACAAGAGCACAGGACAGUGGUCUCGUUUGAUGAGACACAGGAGCCAUCCCUGCCCUCCCUCCUCCCAAAGAGAAUCGAAAUCAUCGAAUACACUCCCACGGUCAAGUCUGCCGAGUGCCCCGACGCAAGCUGUGAGCAGGGCCGGCUGGCCACGGCCGUCCCGUCUUUAGAUGAAAACUUGAACCCUUCGUUGUGCUUGGAGAAGGCACCGACCUGUCUCGGAGCUCUGCCGCUGGUGAGUCUCUCGCUGCCGGAGCACGCGGUACCCAAGCAGGCCACCUUCACCGUGGGUAGCCCAGAUGAGGAGGGUGGUGGGUUAUCUGUUCACCUCGGUGCUGCUUCCCCCUCUGCCCAGGUGACCUCUGCACCUUUGGCCAGCGUCGAUCGCUCUUCCUGCCCCUACGUAAUUCACCUGGAAGGCGUCACCGAGCAGAGCACAGGUACAGAGGAUGAGCCGGUCACGCCGUGUGGCAUUGAGGGAGACCCGGCUCUCCCCUUCAGGGACAGCCCCAAGCCUCUCUGCAGGGAGGGUGCCGGCACCUCGAGGCGGCUGAGCGACGAGGGCUUCGCCAGCCAACACACCGAAAACAUGGACCUUCUGGACCUCUCUAGAGAGUCGGCCUCUGCCGAUGCCAACCCGGUGCUUCUCACUUGCGUUGCCCUCAGUCGAGGCUUUUGUGGGGGGAGGUUGGAGAGGGACUCGGAAGGGGCGUGCGGAAAGCAUCACCUCUGCUCCCCAGAGCCCACUAAGCAUUUUGUGGAACAGCUCAGAACAGCGGAGUGCAUUGCUCAGAGCAAGCCGGUGGAGAGGCCGCUAGCUCAGUACGCCAAAGAGUGCGGCUCCAGCCAGCAAAGCUUGUUUUCCAGCGCAGAUCCGAUGUGGACUAGCUCCGAGGAGGGUCCUCCGCUGCUCCCGGUGCAGGUCCUGGACUCCUUGUCCCCAGCUCAAGGCCUGGCUGUCGCACCCCGGCAGCAGCACGGGAGAACUCACCCUCUGAGGCGGCUCAAAAAGACCAAUGAUAAAAAGCGGACAACCAAUCCCCUCUACAAUACUAUGUAG